UCACCUACUGAUUGUCAAAAUAGUUAUAAACACAACCGAAAAAUGUAUUUUUAAAACGAAUAAUAACACUCUUAAUCGAUUAGAGGUGUUACACGGUAUAUGUGAUAUUAAGUAAUCAAAAACGGCUUUAAAAAAAAAUCGGUAAUGAGUUGGUUCGAUACAGCAAGUUUCGCCAACAUAGCAAAAUCAGCUUUAAAGGAAGCUCAAAGAACGAUAGAUAAAGCUUUGGAUAUCCGAGACGAUGACCCAAACGCUGUAGUCCCAUCUAACACCCCCAUCGAUGUUAAUCACGACGAAUUUUUCCAAUCAUGGGGUUUGAACACGGUUAAUUCAAACAAAAAUAGUCCCUCUGAUGUGGUUACAAAAAGCCCUGUUAAAUCCCAAAAAGUUGUUUCUAGUAUAUGGGGGUCGUUUACUGGUUCGUUUUUUGAGAAUGCCCAAGAAAAAGGUCAAAAAAGUAAGGAUUCUAUUGAAAGUUUGGAUGAUUCUGCCGACUUAGAUUUUAAAGAAAGUAAACUUGUUGUCCAACAUAGUGAUGAUGGUGAUAGUAUGAAAAGAUCUUUAUCUGUUGAGGAAACCGGUGUUUUGGACGAUGAAGGUAAAGAUUGUUAUGAUGGAAUGAAUUUGAAAGAAAUUGGGGAGGUUAACGCAUUGAAUAGGUUAUCUAUUGUGAGUAAUGAAAGUGAUAAAAAAAGUAGUGAUAGCGUUGAGGUUUUAAGUAAUACCGAGUGUACUACUUCUCCUGAUUCGGAAAUGGUUUCACAUCAAUCAAUUACAACAACUAGUUCAGGAAUUCGCCAAACAACUGAAUCUGUAGAAGUACUUCCCGACAGUUUAACAAGUCCCAGUUCAAUAGAGCAGUUAGAUUCUGAUAGUUCAAAUAGCAAACAUUUAUCUCCACAUACAAAUGAAUUUUUAUCACCAGAUGAUUCACCAGGAAUUGAAGAAGAAGUUGCUGAAAGAUCAAGCCCAGAAAGUGUUCAAGUUAUCCAAGAAGAACAAGAAGACACCAGCAUUGCAGAAGAUACAAUUUCAUACACUUCAAUCUCCGAAAGUACAGCAGCGACUGUUUUAGAUUCAGCCCAAAUGUUACAACCUUUAAAUUACCAAAAAUCCCAUUCAAAAGACACUCCAGACAUUCCAAUAACUCGACCUCCAAGCAGAACAGCCCUACAUUUACCAUUACCACAAACAAUAAGCACGCAACCUCAAAGCAUUAAGGAGGACGUUAACGAUUUAAUGUUAACAUCGAAUAUAAUCGAUAUUCCGACCGAUUUGGAGAGUUCCGGGGUCGACGAUAGCUCGCAAUCGGAUAAAACGUUGAUUGCAAGCGACGUUGGAGACAGUGGAACGGAUACGAGCGAAAGUAAUUACACUUCGACUUAUUUAAAGCAUAUGCUUGCUGAUGCGAUGGUUGAAAAAUCGCAUUGUGAACACGAUUUUAGUCAUCAAGAAGUUCAAAGUAAAGAAGAUGGGGGGAAUUAUUCAGAUGCGGUUAUUUUACCAAUGGUUUCAACUCGAGAGUUAUCCCCAUUAAGUUCUGAACGAUCGGAUAUGGUAAAAAUCGGUUCAGAUCAAGCAUCCGGUCACACUUCUGGAGACGAAUUAGAAACAACAACCUCUUCAGAUAUAGAAAUAAUUUCGAGUCCAAAUGGUGGUGAUUCAAGUAGCACCCACAGCAGACAUAGUCCAGCAAAAUUAAUAUGUGUUAAAGGAAAAUCAGUAGAACCAAAUGUAGACUCACUUCUAGGAAAAAUGACUUUUAAAAGAAACAAAGGCCACAAUCGGGAGCUUUCUGAAGCAUCAAGUAUCAGCGAAGACUCCGAAAUGGAAAGAUUAGCGAGACGAAUAUCGGAAGUAACCGAAAUUUUAGAAUCACGAGAAGCAAAAUUAAUCGAGGUUAGUAGGAAAAAUGCUGAAUUACAAGAAUCAAACGAAGAAUUACGCUCGCAAUUAGAUACAAUUCAUACGAAACAAUUAGAAUGUUUAGAUUUAUCCCAAGUAACAGAUGAAUACGCGCGGCGUUUAUCAGCUUUAGAAAAGAAAUUCCAACAAGCGAUAAGAGAAAAAGAUUCGUUACGGAAGCAAUUAGAUGAAUGUAAAAAAGAUGCCACUUCGCGAUUAACAAAAAGCGAAAUCGAUACGUUAGUAGCGGAGAAAGAUGAAAUAAUUAAAGAGUUGCGAGAGGAAGGCGAAAAAUUAUCCAAACAACAAUUACAACAUUCAAACAUAAUCAAAAAACUACGUGCUAAAGAAAAAGAACACGAAAAUUCAAUAAAAUAUUUUAAAGAAACCGUUGAGGAUUUAACCGGCGAAGUUGAUCGAUUAAAACGAUCUUUAACAGCUAAAGAAGAAGUCGAACGUAGUCAAAUCGAAGCCGUACAUCAACUAACAACAAAAAACAAAAAGUUAGAAACCGAAUUAGAAACAACGAAAGAUAAUUUCGACGAUUUAAAUCAAAAAUUUGAUACGGUUAAAAAAUCUUUGGACGCAGCCAAAAAAGAAUUAGGCGACAAAAAUCGUACUAGCAACGAAUUAAUUGCGCGCGAACAACUUUUACAAAGUUUAGAAAAUGAAAAGCGUAUGACAGAGAGUCAAAACGAAGAGAUUAUCGGUCAAUUAGAAGAUUUAAGGAGCAAAUUACGCGACGGCGAAGAAAAUUUUUUAAGGAAAGAACAAACGAUGAGAACUGAAAUUAACGAAUUAUUGAGGCGAUUAGAGGACGCUGAAAGAAGAAAUGAAGAACUUGCGCAAUCGGUUAUGGAAGUUGGGAAACCUUUGGUGCGACAACUUGAAUCGUUACAAGCGACUUAUAAUGUUAAAAUUGCCAAUUUUGAACAGAUGGAACAAAAUUCUAUCGUUAAAAUUAAUGAUUUACAAACCAAACUAAGAACAUUAACAGAUUUAGAACGAAUAGCGCGCGAAGAUUCUGUAUCAUUCAAAGCUAGAUUAACCGAAGCAGAAUUAAAAUUAUCAGAUAUAAAGCGUGAAAAAGAUUUGGCCGCCGUCCAAUUCGACCAAAAGGAAACUGAGUACAUAUUAAAUCAGCAAAAAUUAAAGAACGAAAUCGAUAUUUUUCAAACAACUCUUAAAACCGAAAGGGAGCUCGUUGAAAAUCUUCGAAAAGAAAUUUCAUCGCUUCAAAACAAUUUGCAACAAAUUGAUCGAAUUUCAAAUGAUGAUGAAAAAUCUGAAACGAUUCAAGAGGAAAAGCAAGCGGCAAGUCAAAUCGUUCCACCUCGUAGUUUAUCUCCAAGUAUGUCGAUAUCGGAAUCGAUUUCAAGUUCUUUAUGGUUACCUGAUGAUGUGUUUGAAACAUCAACGUCAAGUCGAUGUACGAAUAUGUUAGAAAUGCAAUACAUUCAAACGAGUUUGAAACAAAAAGACGGCGAAGUUCAACAGUUACAUUGGGAGUUAAAGAGGCGAGAACACGAAAGGACGCUUCUCAAUAAAGAAAUAUCUAGUUUAAUAUCAAAGGUUGAACAAUUAGAGGGGAAAGUAAUAAAACACGAUUCGUUGCAAACGCAAUUCGAUGAAUUAACGCAACAGUACGAAACAUUAUGUCAAUUGUAUGGGGAAAAGGUUGAGGAAACGGAAGAAUUGAAAUUAGAUUUGGUAGAUAUUAAAGAAAUGUAUAAAUCUCAAAUAGAUGAUUUGUUAAAUCAGCAAAAGGAGAAAUAAGUUUUAUUUCCUUAUCAUUAAAAAGUAAAUUAUUAAAGGUUUAUAUGUUUUUUGGGCACUCGGAAUGUCUAAAUCACGUUUUUUA